UAAAUGGGUGACCGAUCUGGGUCCAAUCUCCAUUUAAAGCCCAUAUACAACUCACAAAUUAAAGCCCAUAUCUCUUUCUAAGUGGAUAAAUUCCAUGCCCAACCUCAUACUAUUUACCAACAUUCCAUUUCUAGCAACCCAUGAAGGGCAUUCCUGUAAAUAACGCAGUCUACCUUCCUUCCUCCUCUCCGUAGACGGUUGUUGCACACAAAGCGAGGUUGGGUUUGACCCGACCCGUUACUAUAUAUAUAUAAACACAAAAUGGGUAAAGCAAAUGUGAAAAUCUUAUAUGUAGGUCUAUAUCAUUUCCAUAUGAAGUGGAGAAAUAUAGCUAACAAAACCUAAAUAUUAAUUUUUUCUUAUUACAUAUAGUUCCAUUCAUAUAUUUAAAAGGCUUCAUAAUACGAAACAAGAAGGUGAUAAGAAAAAAAAAAAAAACAAAUUAAAAAUUAAAUCCCUAAAAACUGCAAACGAGCGUGUUGUUAUGAAGGAGGAAGAAGAAGAAGCAGUGAUAUCGAACGGCAUGAACGACGACGACGAUACUAACAAUAUUAACAGUUCCAGUGAAUUUGAUAACAAUCGUAUCGGAGACGGUGACGGAGACGAUAACUGUAAUCUGAAUCAGAUCAAACAAGUAUGGGGAACGUGGGACGAGUUGGUGUUAACAUGCGCCGUUAAGCGUCAUGCUUUUUCCGAUUGGGACUCCGUCGCUAAGGAGGUUCAGGCUCGUUCCCGGAGUUCUCUCAUCGUCUCCGCCGUCAAUUGCAGGCUUAAGUAUCAAGAUCUCAAACGUAGGUUCCAAGAUUCCGUCGACGUCGGAGAAGAAAACAGCGAAGCGGCGACGGCAGAGGAGGAUGAAGUCGGUGAAAUCCCUUGGCUCGAGCAGUUACGAAGUCUUCGUGUGGCGGAGCUCCGCCGUGAGGUUCAACGAUGUGACGACUCGAUACUGUCGCUUCAGUUAAAAGUUAAGAAACUAGAGGAGGAGAAAGACGGAGAUGAUGGAGACAAUAAACCAGAUCUGAAAAACGAUGAAACUAAACCGGCGAGACUUAACCGGGAAACGACGGAGUCUGACCGGGAGGAUAAUAGGUCGAUGAACGAGUCCAACUCGACUGCCUCCGUCGAUAAAAUCGCCGAUCACGACAGAUUAGACGGAGAUAAAAUGGUUCAGGCUGACGAGAAUUCGAGAAAUCCAGAUCCCGAUCCGGUUAAUAAGGCGGCAGCGCCGGAGGAGGAAGAACGCACGGUUAGUAAAAUAUCGGAAAUGAGUAACUCGGGAGAGUUGGAUGAAUCGGGAACGUCCACUGGUCCUGGAAAGAGGAAAGGACAGAAGUACAGAAGCGGCGGAGGCGGCGGUGAUAUCAAAUCGGCCGGUGAUAAAUCACAGCCGUUGAUAGAUACCAUUAAGCUAAUUCGGUCUCAUCCCCAUGGUUCCGUGUUCGAAUCCCGGCUUAGGAGCCAGGAGACUAAGGAUUACAAGAGGUUGAUAAGGCAGCAUUUGGACAUCAAGACAAUAGAGAAGAAGGUGGAGAAAGGAUCUUAUGUCUCUUCAAGCCUCUCUUUUUACAGAGACCUCAAGCUUCUCUUCACAAACGCCAUUGUCUUCUUUCCUACAUCUUCCUCAGAAUCCAUGGCUGCUCAAGAGCUAAGAACCCUCGUCUCUAACGAGAUGACGAAACGAACGGGAAAAUCUGGUCACAAUGUCAUCAAAGCAGAGGCUGAAUCAAACGAACAGAAAUCCUCUGUUCUUCCUCUUGUUGCCUGUAAAAAGAAGAGUUCUGCUUCAAAAAAGACGCCUCCUUCAAAUUCUAAACAAAAAGAUGAGAAGAAAUCUCAGGAAGUCUCAGAGGAGAAGACUGCGACUACUACUACUACUACUAGUGCAAGAAGCUCGAGGAGAACGAGCAAAGAGAUCGCUGUUGUUGCUAAAGAUACUAAAACGGGAAGAGCCAAGAAUAAUAAUAAGAAACAAAAGGAUACGAAAACAGAAUCAUCUGAUGAUGGUGAUGAUGAUGAGAAGGAAGAGAAUUCUAAAACAGAGAAGAAGACAGUAGCAAUAGCAACAGAUAAGAAGAAGAGCGUGGCUGAUUUUUUGAAGAGAAUAAAGAAGAACUCUCCACAGAAAGGAAAAGAAAUAACGAGUAAAAAUCAGAAGAAGAGUGAUGGAAAUGUUAAGAAAGAGAACGAUCAUCAGAAGAAGACCGAUGGAAAUGUUAAGAAAGAGAACAGUAAAGCGAAACCGAGGGAAUUGAGGAGUAACAGUACUGGUAAAAAGAAGGCUGAGGUAGAGACUGAUAAUAAUAAUAAGAGUUCAUCGAAACGAAAACAAACUAAAGAAACAGUAGAGGCUACGGGAAAACGAAGUAGAGAAUCCGGAAAAGACAAUAAGCAGCCAAAGAAAAGAAGCAGAAGAUGAGACUAAAUUAGCCUGUGGUUAAGCAUUGUACAUUUGAUGUGCCAGAAGUAUUCAUCAUUCCUCUUAACAUCAGUGUUUUGGAAGGAGUCAUAGUUCUUGUUAGGUAUUCUCAUAGUUACCAGUGUAGUUUUUAUUUAAACUGGGCUUUCCUUGUUUUAGAGGGUAUAAUGGACACAUGGUGUUGUCUUCAUUUAUUUGUUAGUUUGAUCCAUACUAGGUUCACAAAACCUGAAACUCUGUUUAGACUUAGGAAAUAAAAAUCUCAAAAAAA